GCAUACAGGGCUCUGAGCAGCAGACACUUACAGAGAGCGAGGGAGGGAGAGAGAGAGAGAGCGAGGGAGAGAGAGAGCUCCAGCGCGGAGGAGAGGAGGGUUGAGCUAACCCAGGAGCAGCACCACGGCGAUCACAGACGGGCAGACGGACAGACGGCAGGACGGACACACGGGCGGCGGGUGUGAUUGCCGGCUCGGCGGCAGGCUGGUGGAAGAUGUCGUCGGGCGCCGGGGGGAGGGGCGGUAGGCGGGGCCGGGCCGGGACGGGGGGCGCGGGGGGCGGCGGGGCGGCGGAGGAGGGCCCGGUGGGGAUCCCGUUCCCCGAGCACAGCGCCGACGUCCUGGGCGGCCUGAACGAGCAGCGGCAGAGCGGCCUGCUCUGCGACGUGCUCCUGGUCACCCAGGGCCGGGAGUUCCCCGCCCACCGCUCCGUCCUGGCCUCCUGCUCCACCUACUUCCACAAGCUCUUCACCUCGGGCAUCGCCGCCGACCGCCAGAGCGUCUACGCCAUCGACUUCGUGCGGGCCGAGGCCCUGGGCGCGCUGCUCGACUUCGCCUACACCGCCACGCUCACCGUCAGCCAGGCCAGCGUGGGGGACGUGCUGAGCGCCGCCAGCCUGCUGGAGAUCCCCCCCGCCAGGGACGUGUGCGCACACCUGCUGGACACAAAAGUGCUCUCCCCACCGGUGGGCAGUGAGCGAGCGGAGGACGAGGAGGAGGAGGAGGAGGAAAAAGACGAAGAGCUCUUGAAAGGGGGAGGAAGAGGGGAGCAGGGGAACAGGCUGCGGGCUCGGGAGUACCUGGAGUUCUACCAGAAGGGGGGUCCCUGGGGGAGCAGCUGCAGCACGCCGGAGCUCAGGGACACGCCCUCGCACCCGCACUUUACCCAGCGCAACGGGACGCCCCCCGGAGGCCACACGGGGUACGGCUCCCCGGCCCCCCCGGCCCUGCCGCCCCCGCCCCCGGAGGAGGACGAGGAGGAGGAAGACGAGGACGGGGACGGCACGGGGGACAUCCUGGCCUGGGCCCGGGGCAACGGGGGCGUGCCCCUCCCGCCCUUCUACGCCCCCUCGCAGAACGGACACUACUACCUCCAGCACCCCAAACUGGAGCAGGAGGCGGGGGAGGAGCAGGGCCCGGGGCGGGGGCCGGACGGGAGGUCGGCCAGCGCCCUGCUGCAGCGCAUGAUGGACUCCAUCGAGCGGCAGAAGGAGCGGGAGGAGGCGGGGGAGGAGGCGCCGGAGGGGGAGGACCCGGAAGUGGAGUUCUACUUGAAUUACUUUAACAGCGUCCAGCACGAGGACGCCGCCGCCGCCGUUUCCGCGGCAACGGCCGCCGCCGCCGCCGCCGCUGCUCCGGAGCUCCUGCCGCUGUGGGCCGCGGCCCGCGGCUCGGUCCCGCCGGGGGGCGGAGGAGGGGGCGGCGGGGGGGGCGCGGGCGGGGGCGCGGGCGGGGGGGAGAAGAAGAUGCGCUCCAAGGCCUUCCAGAAGUGCCCCAUCUGCUCCAAGGUCAUCCAGGGGGCGGGGAAGCUGCCCCGCCACAUCCGCACGCACACCGGCGAGAAGCCCUACGAGUGCGCCAUCUGCAAAGUGCGCUUCACCAGGCAGGACAAGCUGAAGGUGCACAUGCGGAAGCACACGGGGGAGAAGCCGUACCUGUGCACGCAGUGCGGCGCGGCCUUCGCCCACAACUACGACCUGAAGAACCACAUGCGCGUGCACACGGGCCUGCGGCCCUACCAGUGCUCCAGCUGCUUCAAGACUUUCGUGCGCUCCGACCACCUGCACCGGCACCUGAAGAAGGACGGCUGCAACGGGGUGCCCUCGCGCCGGGGCCGCAAGCCGCGCGUGCGGGACCCCGGCCUCCUGGAGCCCCCCGCGCACCACCCCCCGCCCGGCCCCCGCGGCCGGGGCCGCCGCCGCCUGGAGGCCGCCGCCGUCGCCGCGGCGAUGCGCGGGGACCCCGGGAGCCCCGCCCCCAGCCCCCGCCGCCGGGAGGAGGAGGAGGAGUCGGGGCCGUGACGGGGGGGGGGGGGAACGGACGCUGGACGCCAGGAAACGUGGGUAACGACGACGAGAAAAAACAAGGAGGAAAGAAAAUAUAAAAUUUAAAAACACAAAGGCAAACAAAAAAAAAAAAAACAA